UCCUAGAAAGGGCGGUGACUGCUGGUGCGUGCAAACAGAAACAGCAUCGUCAACAGUACGGUCGAUGUUCAUAGAACUGCAUUAAGUUCCUACAUAUCUGACUGAUUUUAUAGCCCUGUUCCGUCAUCCUUAAAAAAACAAAAACUAAAAAACUAAACAAAACGAAUCUCCCUUUUAAACAACUUUUUAAAAGCCCCCGGACAGGGUAAAUAUGGGGAAUUGCUACACGGUGGGACCAAACGAAGCCUUGGUGGUAUCAGGUGGCUGCUGUGGCUCAGACGAGAAGAGCUAUACAGUGGGAGGAUGGGCCUGGGCAUGGUGGCUUAUCACCGAUAUACAGAAACUCUCUCUGGAGAUUAUGACCAUCCUCUGUCGCUGCGAGAAUAUCGAAACUUCGGAGGGUGUCCCCUUGGAUGUGACAGGGGUCGCUCAGGUGAAGGUCAUGAACGACAAAGAGUUGCUGGGUUAUGCUUGUGAGCAGUUCCUAGGGAAGACAGUGGCAGAGAUUAAAAGUGUAAUUCUGCAAACACUGGAAGGUCAUUUACGCUCUAUUCUGGGGACUCUGACGGUGGAGCAGAUCUACCAGGAUAGAGAUCAGUUUGCCAAGCUGGUAAGGGAGGUGGCAGCCCCUGAUGUGGGCAGGAUGGGUAUUGAGAUCCUCAGCUUUACUAUUAAGGAUGUCUAUGAUAAGGUGGAAUAUCUGAGCUCUUUGGGUAAAUCUCAGACUGCUGCUGUUCAGAGAGAUGCUGAUAUUGGAGUGGCCGAGGCAGAGAGAGAUGCUGGGAUCAGGGAAGCAGAUUGCAAGAAAGAGAUGAUGGAUGUGAAGUUCCAAGCUGAUACAAAAAUGGCAGACUCAAAGCGAGAGCUGGAGAUGCAGAAAGCUGCUUUCAAUCAAGAAGUGAACACAAAGAAAGCUGAGGCGCAGUUGGCCUAUGAGCUUCAGGCGGCAAAAGAGCAGCAGAAGAUCCGAUUGGAGGAGAUUGAGAUUGAGGUGGUUCAGAGGAAGAAGCAGAUUUCCAUUGAGGAAAAGGAGAUUGUCAGGACAGAUAAAGAACUGAUUGCCACUGUGAAGAGACCAGCUGAGGCUGAAGCCUACAGGAUGCAGCAGCUUGCAGAGGCAAACAAGAUGAAGAAGGUGUUGACGGCACAGGCUGAAGCGGAGAAGAUCAAGCGCAUUGGAGAAGCAGAGGCCGGUUCAAUUGAAGCUGUGGGUAAAGCUGAAGCUGAGAAGAUGAGGCUCAAAGCUGAAGCUUAUCAGCAGUACGGGGACGCUGCAAAGACUGCUCUCGUCCUAGAGGCUCUACCACAGAUUGCUGGGAAGGUUGCGGCACCCUUGGCCCGUACCAAUGAGAUUGUGAUCCUAAGUGGAGAUGGUGGCCGUGUAACUGGGGAAGUGAAUCGGCUGCUGGCUGAACUUCCUGUUUCUGUAAAUGCCCUCACGGGAGUGGAUCUGUCCAAGAUGCCUUUGCUUCAGAAAAUGAUCAACCCUCAGGCAUGAGCACCCCCCUCCCCCCCUUUCCAACACAUCAGUUACGUGCAUUUCAACAUUGAUUGCUUUGAAAGAAAAAAAAAAAACAUUUGAAAGCAGUUUUCUUUCUACUGAAAUGAGGAAUUGAUAUUCUAGACCCCUGGUGCCUUACCUCUGCAGGACCUGAUUGUCUGCAUGUGCCCUUUUUAGCCUUGUUUGGUCAUGUUUUUCUUUUUAUUUGUCAUUUUUGUUUAAACAAAGUACCUCAUCACUAUUAUUCUGUUAAUCACAGAGUCGUUUCAUAAAAUUCACAAGUGAACAACUGCAGAUCUUUUUAUAUCCUGAUCUUGCAGAUUAGAAAAUAUUCCCAUUUGUGGUGGGUGGCUGAGAUUGUCACCACGGUUACAUUUAUGCAAUGUAUGAAGUUAUAUAUAAGUAUAGAAGAGUCAUUAGAUUUGAGCAUGUUUAGUCAUUUGAUAACCGUACACAUUGUGUCAGGGCCAUUGAAAUCUGUAGUUAGGAGGGCUGACGUUUUUAUUGUAUCUAAAACCAGACAUUUAGACAGACUUUUAUUUAUAAAAGUGUCUUUGUACAAUUCAGACAUGAAGAGCUCAGACCUGUAGUUUUCUGUUUGAUUGUGGACAAUCAGUCUGCAUCAAAAGGGUUGUAGGGUCUACUCCAUGUGAUACAUAAUAAUUUUUGUAUGUAUAGGUUUUUUGUUUUUUUUUUUGUUUUACCAAUGUUUUUGCUUCAUUAGAUGCAUUAGUUUUAAAUCCUUUUAUUGCAGACAAACUAAUAUUAUAGAACCCUAUCUUAAACUGCCAGCAACAUCUAGAGGUUUUCUUAGAGAUAUAUGCACACUGUACAAUUGAUUUGAAAGUCUAUCACCUACAGUUUUUCUUUUAACAUUCAAAGUUAGUAGUUUUCCAAAGUCUAAUUCUUUCACUUUUGUUAAAACAAUGCCAUUAGUAGACUGCAACAGGAGAACUUGCUUUUUUUUUAUUAUCAAUAUUUUUUGGUAAAAUGUCAUAUGCCUGUAAAGGUACAGUUCCUGAAGUGUGUUUUUAAACUAAUCAAAGUCCAGGUCAUGUGAGUUAUGUCAGGUAUUUUAUAUGUGAAUUUAGAAUGUUAAACUUUUUUUUUCUUUUCCUGACACAUUUUUGACUGUGUUUUGUUAGUGUUUUGUAUUUAUUUUUUCCUCUCAUUAGAGUAAUAAAAGGUUUGCCAAACAUUUUACCAUCA